AUGGGUGGAUCGACAAUGAAAACGGCUAAAGUAUGGCGAUAUUUCGAUCAACUACCUAGUGAACAACAAGCAGCCACUUGUAAAAUUUGUUAUAAGAAAAUUAAAGCAACAAAUAGCAGCAAUUAUCAGCUUAUCAGAUUAUCAGAUAAUGAGGUUUCAUUUAGUACAACCGGAAUGAUUCGACAUCUGCGCAGCUGCCAUGUCAAUGAAUACCAAAUAUUGCAAGAGGCGCGCCAAAAUGGUCUCGCUCUUAAAUUAGAGGAAAAAGCUCGAGCAAAUGUUAUGAAACAACUGAAUGAUUCGCAAAAAAAUCUGCAACAACAACGACAACGAGAAACAACACCACAUACCAUAGUGAAUAUUAUUGCUGGAACAUUGCAGAAAAAAAUAAAAACAAAUGUAAGCAAUUGUUCAUCGAUAAAAAAUGAAGUUUAUGAAUGUUCGGAAGCGAAAAAAGCAAAAGUGAAUUAUUGCAAUGACGCAAUCGACUUAACGACGCAUCAUUUGAAAAAGGAAGCAAAUGAUCAAACAAAUGGUACUUUAAAUGGUAAAAAUGAAAAUUAUUGGCCUGACGAUCAUCCUGAAGCUCGACGAAUUACCAAUCAAGUAGUAAUUAAAUAUUUCAUGAAUAAAUUUUUAUUUCCGGUGGGUUUGAUGCUCUUACUGGACAAUGAAACUCCGAAUGCAGUGGAUCGAACUGGAUUCAGAAACCUUCUUCGACUUCUUGAGCCAAAAUAUCGAAUGCCUUCGUCGGAAAAGUUCCAGAAAAUCAUUAUACCUCAAAUUUUCAAUGAAUUCAAAUUGAAUGUUGCCAGUUUUCAAUAUCAACAAAGAUUUUAUGAAAAUAAUUUUUUUGGCAUUGAUCGUAUGGCCAAUGAGUUUUUCAAAAAUUCAGAUACGCGACUUUAUAAUGAAACAUUUGGCCAAUUCGCAUUUCCUCAAAGUUGUAUUAUUCAGCCUAAUCAGGACGAAAUGAAUCGAGUAAUUAUCAAUUCGAUUCGUUCUGCACAAAAUAUCUCACAAAGUUUCUCACAUAGUAUUCAACUUUGCGAUGAAGAUUCAGAUUCGAGCGCUGAUUCGGAAUCGCUUUUAACAACGCGUAUUGAAUCAUUUCUUGAAAGAAUUGGAAAAUAUGUUUUUCCACAAGCUGAAAUUGCUGAACUUAUCACUCGUUGCUAUUCGAUUUAUCACUAUUUCGAGGAUCACAGCGACGAUACAUCACAAAUAUUGCCUGGAAUUUUAACGCCAUCAGCUAUUAUCGAUUUAGCGAAAUGUGUUGAUUUUGUUCACAAAAAUCUUUCAACAAUUGAAGCGCUUAAUCUAAGGCAUCCAAUUCCAUCGUUCAGACAAUUCACGCAAAAAGAAAUCCAACUUCUUUCCGAUCUCAACGCUUAUAUACACUCGGUGUAA